AGGGCCUGCUGUUCGCAGUGCUGCUGCACGGGACUCAUCUUUGUCUUCUCUGUGAGCCGCGUUCCUGUGGCUGAUUUUUCAGUCAAAUUCAGAUGGAAAAUUCUAGAAAGUGAGAAGUCUUCUUAUGGAUCUUUGAUAUUUGCUCCUGUCUCAGAAUCCUGGGUUGCUUUGUGACCUGAGACCAUCUCCCUGACGAGAUUUUCUAUGAUGGAAAUAUGGUGAAUUUUCCCUCCUUUUCUUUUCAACUUCUUAACCCCUGGCUGCCCGGGAGCCUCCAAGACUUUCCCAGAUGGAGGAGAUGAGGGUUCCCAAGUCCGGCUGUGAGCCUGACAACGGACCAGGAGACAAGACCCUGGGAGAAGGAAGCCCCUGCCCUUGGAAAAAGGCUGGCCCAUGUCUAGCAGGAUCAUCGGACCCCUACCCACGCAGAGACUCAGCGCUUUGCAGAAGCACUGGCACAAAUCUGCUGAGGCCAGCCGUGGGUGAUCCCAGGGGAAGGCGUGGGCUAGAGCCCCACAAGGAAGCCUCUGAGGGAACCAAGGACCCGGGACGUGCCGCACCCACCCACCAAGGAGCAGACCUGUGGACACUUCUGGCCGCCACCCUGGAGGUCCUCAGUCCCAGCUCCCUUCACCCACCCCAGGAAGAGAUGCAGAAAGAAACCUCGCUGCUUCCCCCCACCUCGCCCUUGGGCUCGAACACUGCCCUGGGUGCGGGCCAGCUGGCCAGUAUGUCAGGGGUCCCCAGCAAGACAGAGGCUGGGCGCCAUGCCUGUCCCAGGGCCCAGAAGAAGCCCAGUAUGUCCAAGGUGAUCCUGAGGACUGUGGAGGGCAAGGGGACUCGCAACUGCGUGUCGCUGGCCACCCUGAAGAAGGCGGUGGCCACCACUGGCUAUGAUAUGGCCUGCAAUGCCUGGCGCUUCAAGCGGGUGCUCAAGGGGCUGGUGGACAAGGGCAUGCUCAAGCAGGUGUCCGGCAAGGGGGCCUCGGGCUCCUUCCGCAUGGGCAAGAAGCACGCCUCCAAGCUCAAGGCCAAGAAACGACAGCAGCGACGGCGGCAGACCAGGAGACACCAACCCGGAAAGCGCCAGCUUGGGCAGCGUCAGCUUGGGCAGCGCCGACCCGGGCAGCAGAGGUUGCUAAUGGGCUCCAAGCAGGGGCACAAGCGGCUAACCAAGGGCGUUCGCAGAGGGGCCAAAUGCCGCUGCAAUUAAAGAGGCCGGCUGGGCAAGCGGGCAGGGCCACCAGGCCCGCCACAGGCUCAGUGCAGUGCCAAUAA